GAGUCGGACGCAAGAGUCAAUUUUGGACAUGAAAUGAGACGUAACCCGACCCAUUUACCAUUUCAUGCCGUCAAAAGGAAGGAGGAAGAAGGUCGUUGAGAAGAGGAGGAUUCUCUUUCUCGCGAACCUGCAAUGGCUGCAUCCGUCUUGGUUAUUCUUGCAAGUCUCUUUCUCGGCUUCGUGGUAGCGUUGUUUUGCUAUAUUUGUGCGAUGGUGGUCGAGUCUAGGCGGAACAGGAAGCAGGUGGCGGCGGGGUUCUUUCACCCGUACACGAACGACGGUGGCGGGGGCGAGAAGGUGCUCUGGUGUGCUGUGAAGGCUGUCCAGGAGGAGUACCCCAAUCUCGAAUGCUUCAUUUACACAGGCGACGAUGCUACGCCGCAGAGCCUCUCUGCCCGCGCCGUCGAUCGUUUCGGCGUCGAGCUUCUUCGCCCUCCUCAGGUAGUUCGCUUGAACAGACGGAAAUGGAUUGAGGAAAGCACAUAUCCCCACUUCACCAUGAUUGGCCAGAGCCUUGGUUCAGUUUUUCUUUCAUGGGAAGCCCUGAGGAAACUGACACCUAAAUUUUAUUUUGACACAAGUGGCUAUGCAUUUACCUAUCCACUUGCAUGGUUGUUUGGUUGCAAAGUCCUUUGCUAUACUCACUACCCCACCAUCAGUUCUGAUAUGGUUGCUCGUGUUCGUCAGCGCAACUCGAUGUACAAUAACAACAAUCUAAUUGCAGGAAGUGUCUGGCUGUCCAAGGGGAAGAUCAUCUACUACAUGAUUUUAAGCUGGAUGUAUGGAUUGGCUGGUUCGUGUGCACAUGUAGCUAUGGUGAACUCAUCAUGGACAAAAGCUCAUAUUGAUAAGCUCUGGAAAAUUCCUGAACGUACUAAAAGGGUUUACCCACCUUGCAAUACAUCAACUCUUCAGGCACUUUCAUUGGAGAGGUCCACAAAACCCCCAAAAUUUAUAUCUGUUGCUCAGUUUCGUCCGGAAAAGGCACAUGCUCUCCAAAUUGAUGCAUUUGCACUUGUCAUCAAGAAACUACAAGCAGAUGCACCAAGACCCAAGCUCCAAUUUGUGGGUAGCUGCAGAAACAGCCAAGAUAAGAAGAGAUUGUCCCAGUUGAAAGAGAAGUGUGCUCAAUUAAAUAUCAAAGAAGAUGUAGAGUUCUAUGAAGAUCUAAAGUACAGGGACCUGGUGCUACUUCUUGGUGGAGCUGUUUCAGGUUUGCACGCAAUGAUAGAUGAGCAUUUUGGCAUAUGCGUUGUUGAGUACAUGGCAGCAGGUGCUGUCCCAAUCGCUCAUGAUUCAGCUGGGCCUAGGAUGGACAUAGUUGUUGAAGAAGAUGGACAGCAGACAGGAUUUCUCGCCCAUGACAUUGAAGGAUACGCAGAUGCCAUUGUCAAUAUCAUGCAGAUGUCUGAUGCAGAGCGGCUGAAUAUUGCAGCAGCUGCAAGAAAGCGUGCUAGUAGGUUUUCUGAGGAAAGGUUUUAUGAAGAUUUUAAGGCUGCUGUACGUCCUGUUUUCUGUAACUAAGAAUUUUUGGCUGCUCCUCUCUUUCCGCUAAUCUAUUGAUCAAAUUUUUGGCUGCUCCUCUCUUUCCGCUAAUCUAUUGAUCAAAAGUUGGAAUUUCUAUAUUCGUGUUGCAUGAAGUUGCUGACCAAGAUUGUAGUAGUGAGUUGCUUGUACUUGACAUAAAGGUGUGAUGAUGGCAGGACUCAGAUGGGCUCUGUAAUUUUCCAACAACGGAGGCCGUUGAUGAGGCUUGAGUUGUAUUAUUUGAUUAAGGCCAUGUCCUGUUUAUUAUAAAGGAUGUUAGAUAUAAUCAAGUUCAUUA